CUAGGCUUAAAAGGCCGGUGCACCUUGAGGUCGGUCACCACUCCGGCGAUGGAGCCGGCGGCCGAGGCAACGGUGAUGGCGAGGCAUGCGAGGCUCAGCAUCUGGAGGCACACCCACCUCGUGUUCCACCUCUCCACUUUCUUCUGCACGAUGUACAUCUCCACAGGGAAGUACACCGUCAGCGGCCAGAACCCGACGGCGCCGAGUAGGCCCACCACAUCGUUGAAGAAGGGCAGAAGCAUUGAAACCACCGUCGUAGCCACCACGAACGCCGAACGCCAUGUCGUCCUAAAAAUAUUGAACUUGUACGGCGAUCGGUCCCCCGGCAUCGGGAUCUCGAUCUCGGCGGUGAUGAACCGGGACUUAGGCCACGAUCGAGCGGGCCCAUUUCUCGACGAAGGCGAAGAGCGGCUAGCAGUAGACCUGGUAAGCGCCGACGAGGUGGACGACGAUGGCGGCGUUGGCGAUGUCCAGGAGCCAGUAGGGGUUGUAGAAGCCAAAGCAGGUGAGCAGGUUCCCCGGCGCCGUGUCGCCGAAGGAGGCGUAGCCCAUGCAUCCGCAGAGCAUGUAGAAGAGCGUGGUGGUGAGCACGCUGAUGAGGGUCGCUUUCUUCAUCACUUUCGCCUCCGAAGAGAAAUACCUGGAUUUCAAUGAGGAGAAUGGAGUAGGAGUAGGCGAAUGCGAUGUCCCCGAAGGCUUGAAGGGUGCGACAUACCUUUUCCAUCUCGCUCAUUGUGCCUGCCGAUGCUGAUCCCAGUGAGACUACCUCUGAUGCCUCCAUUUUCUGAUGACAGAAAGACAAUUCCAGAGAGCAAAUUUUAGUCCUGGAACUUGAGUUGAGGUAUUGAAUUCAACUAGUUGAUGGUUCGAUGAAGUGUUUACUGAUAACUUGGACGAUGCCGAGACUGAGGCCGAUGGAAGAGUAGGUGAAGGACAUGGCAGCAGCGACGAUGGAGAGCCACCAAAUCUGGUCGAAAUCUGGAAUCUGAGAGAAGAGAAUCUCGAUGAUGGCAAAGAAGAUUAUGUAAGGAUUGCUGUCUACUUGGCAUGGGCUGUCAUCCCUAUUUUUGUGGAAACAGUUUGAUCUUUUGAUUGCCCUGUUCCAUAAUCAAAACCGACAUAAAAAUCCAAUUUUGACAAUGGAUUAUCAGAUGAAGUGCAUGUACAUUUGUUCUACUUACACCAUGCUAAUGGAAGCAGCAAUGGUGUAUCCGAUCGUGACCCCAACUAUGUUGAGAUACUGGAGGUAGCCACAGAUCUUGGCUUUGAAACCAUCUAUUUGUUUAAACGCAGAGCAGAACAAAGAUAUCUUGCAAGUGAGUUUUGGAUGCAAAAUGUUCAUUUUUUGUGACUGAAUUCAGUGUUGGACUUACUGAGAUUAGCUCGUGCAGCAUCCAUGUAAGUGUAGUUACGUUUGCCAGAGAUGGGAUCGCCAGAGCGGUAGCAGUCAGCCAGGAGAGAAGAAGUGUAGUAGGUAACAAAUGAGAAGAGUAACAUGACGGCAGGACCGGCAACCCAUCCAAGCUGACCAUUUCCCAGGCCAAAGAGAGCACGCCAGAGCCAAUCACCGCUGUUAUGAUGUGUGCACUUGCAGUCCAAACAGUCCCUGUGAAGACUCAAACUUAGCUACAAUUUGAGAAAAGUGAUGUUUAGAAGAACCUCUAAACUACCAGUUCUCUUGAGCCGGCCGUCGUCAUCAAAGCAUUUGGUAGGUUCCUGAGGUAGGCCUAGUUCUAAUGCAGCUUGGUGAUAGUAACUUGUGGCGAUGCCAUUAUUGGCCAUCUUCAUCCAAAACAAGAAUUCAAUUCAGUGAAACAACUCAUUCUACAAGAAUUCUUCAGUUUUUGCUCUGAACAAAUGUUAGUUCAUGUGCAGAAGGUUUUUUGCUGAUUGAUUAAACCUUAUUCCAGUAUGAAUUGCUCAACAAGCAGCAAGUACAAAUUCUAUAAGUGGAACAUUAAAACUCACCUUCUGCAUUGAGAUUAUGACUCAGCUUCUACUAAUCCUGGAAGAUAUCAGGUGGUGAUGAUUAUUGAGGGGCUUCAGAGUUGGGUUUUAUAGGGCACAGGCAGUGUGGGCUUCACUCAUUGGAGGUGCGCAUCUUCUUCCUUCGUGUAUGCGAUUCUAACUGUCCUUUUGAUGAGGAAUAAUAGGAUAAUAUAUAAGUAGGUUCCUCCAUACUGAAUUAAUACAUGUUUAUUGUAAUGGAAGAAUUUUAUUGGUUGCUGCUUGAGGCAUGCCCUUAUUCCCACUUUAUGUGAUUGAGGAGAUGGUGCUUGUUAUAUAUGACUCGGUGAAUCAAAAAAUUAUUGUGAAAUUUCUAGUCUCGUUGUUUAGAAUUGCAGGAUUUUUAUAUUCAGAUUAGUAUGUCUAACUGAAAUAUCACUAUGGUUAAUUUGGCACUAAAAAAAAAAGAUAAAAGAUUUUAGACUCCUUUGUUCAUGUUUGAUUACUUUUACUGGAUUUAUUAAAAUAUUCUUUUACUCCAGAAAAAGAAUGGUUGAUCAAUGGUACUUAAAAAAAGUAAGAACUACAAGAUCAGAGGCUCAGAGCAUCUGCUGAUUACCUAUAUAUGAGUGGUUGUAUAGUGUACCUUCUUAAAGAUUCUGCAUGAGAGAACCUUAGAAAAUGCCUUUCAGAUGGGAAUCUUUGAAUGCCUUUUUCUCCACUAUCCAAUGGUUGAUUGCUAUUGCAAGAUUUCUUAUUAGAAACUUGCCAAACUAAUCAUGAUCUAGAUCAUUUUUCACCCAAUAACUAAUGUUUUAGACUCGGGAUGGAUCAUUGAAGAUGCAUCGACUUGGGUUCGUUUGGUCAAAAGUUCUAAUGAUUCUAUUGACCUACAUGAAAAUAUUGGAACAAUGAAGAAUGACAUGAAGUCAACACAUUUGUUUUGCGCCGGGUUUGAAGAGUUCGAUCGAGUUGGUUGUAUCUAGAUUUUUGUUUCUGAGACAGGAUUGACUAGUUACUAUGAUUGCUUGCAUUAUGUAAAAAAUAUGAUUAUGACAUUGUUUCCUCAUUAAAGAUGAGAUGAUUAAAGAAGGUGACAUGAUGGAUCCUAUCUAUGACUUGGCCUCUGUGAUGCAACUGUCAUUGCAUCAUUUAUAGGCUGGAAUUCUGAUUUAGAUGUGUUUAAUCAUUCUCCUAUAUAUGAUAAUUUUAUAUCACUAUGUAUAAAACAAGUGUGAUUAAUCAUAUUUUAAUUUCAAGAGAAGAUGGAGUCUUUCUUUAAGGUUAACAUCUAUCUCGUGUCACUAAGAUGAAGCCACACACAUCUUUACUUUGCCAAGGAAUAGAAGAAAUGUCUCUAUAUUAACUUUAGCAAAGAUGUAGAAGGCUGACUAAUGAUGUGGAAAUUCACUUCCAUGAAGUAGAGUAGAAGGUGAAUUGAUUGAAAUCGUAAUUUCUUUUUUUGAGGAGAAAUAUUGCAAAGUAUGAGAGGAGACAAUGAAAAGAAAAGUGAAUUUAAAAUGGAAGGAGGGAAAAAAAUGGCGAGUGUACUUAAACUCAUCCUUCUACAAUUAAGAACUAAUUGUCUCCAGUAUUUUAAAUGGUGAUCGCCUAGGCAGAAGGUGGACAUCAACCGCACCGCCUUUGCCAUAGACGGUACUGUAGGCGGUCAAAGAUGAGGCGAGGUGGCGGGUGAGGCGGUCAAGGAAGUAGGUGAGUUGAUCAAAGUCAAAAAAAUUUAAAAAACCCUAGAUAUAUUAAUACACUUUUGCUCCCUUCCAAACAUAAAUAACUUCGCCAACCAACCAAGUCACCCACAACCCACCUGAGCCACCUCCUUCUACUUGGAACCACCCCCACCCCUGCCACAGCCGUUGCCGGCGCAACCACUGCCUGCCUCAGCCACCAACAUACUAGGUUAGCUUUUAUAUAUUUCUAGUAAGUUUUUGUUCUAGUUUUUGAUCUUUUAUUUAAUUAUUGAAGAUUAAUAACGGAAAAUGAGAAACAACCGAACGUGGAAUUGAAGUGAAAGUCUAGUGAUAUUGUUUUGGAUUAUGGGGUGUUGUAUUGCAAUGAAAAAAUAGAUUGGAUCAUAUGCAAAUUGUGUAAGAGGCUUAUUAAGGGAGGAGUUUAUCGGAUGAAAUAUCAUAUUGUGGGUAUUGUAGGACAAGUUGAAACAUGUCUUAAAGCAUCCGACGAAGACAAAAAAAAAAAAGAGUAAGAGCUUAUCUUGAAAAUAGCAAGAAUAAAAAACGAUAAAGGGUGGAAGAACUAAAAGAGGAGAUGACGGAAGUAAAUAUAGGUGUUGAUGUAGAGGAUUAUAAUUGUCAAGUGGAGGGAGAUUCUUCUAAAAAGAAGUCGAAGCACCUCGGGCCUAUUGAUAAGUGGACAUCCGCACAUGUUGGAUUGAAACUUUGAAUUUUAAACUUAGGCUUUUGGUAAAAGUAAUGAUAUUACUUUUUUUUAGUAUUAAUAUGGUGAUAAAUCUUUAUUAAUUAUGUUGUUAGUUGCAUUUAUAUAUUUAUUUGUAUUUUAUAUAAAUUGUAUUGUAUUGUAUGAAGCUUAUUUAUGAAUAAACAUCAUUUCAUUACAUAUAUUACAUAAAGAAUGAUGACUAUUUAUAAUAUUAUGUAUAAAAAAUAGUAUAAAAAAAAUCAACCACCUAGGCAAUUGAGACGGUAGGCAGUACUAACGGCCUCGCCACCGCAUACCGCCUAGCCACCACGUACCACCUACCGUCAUUUACAACACUGAUUGUCUCUCGUGUUAAGCACAAAUAAAAAUGAAAGGCUAAGUUUGUCAUCCUCAACAAAGGUACCUCUUCCUCUAUCCCAUCACAAUUUUGUAUCAUAUUAAUCAUUAUUGAUAUUGUAUUGACAGACUUAGGAAACUAAUUAAGACUCUUACACGUGAAAAUUCAUGUUCAGUCAACUUAACUAUUCUGUCAUCUUAUUGAAACCGGCCUUUCAAAUGCAUUCAAUGUUAACUCUACAUAAUUUAAACUAUUUAAUUUCUGUAAAUUUCCCCUGCAAUUGUAAGUUAGGUGAAACAUGGAAGGAAAUUUACUGUCUUCUAUAAUUUUCCUACCUUAUGCCUUUCCUACUUCCUUUCUCCUGCCUUAUUUGUGUAUGCCUGCACUAAAUUCCUUCCUUAAGCAUGCGACUUAAAACUGCCAUGAAGAGACUUCAACUCCUCAAAGGAUGAAACAACAUGAAGCUUUUGUAGCUAGUAAAUAACCACCACAAACUGAAUCAUUGCAGCGGCAAUCGUAUCAGAGAUUGUCGCCUUCCGGCUCUAGCUUAAUUGGUCUAUCCGAUUCGAUUUCGAAAACGUUAGUGCACGACUGUCUUCUCUUUUAAGAGAUGAUAUCCUUUGUUCCACGGUGAGAAUAUUAUCGAGAAGGGCAUAAUGGAGUAAUUAGCAAGUAGAAGAUAAGGUUUAAAGUUAUUUCUCAGUAACCUUUCAGAAACACGGCUGUCAUCAUGCUUUCAUUUAUUUGCUUCUGUUUUCAUGUAUUUUUAUAUUAGUUAACUGCCAUAUUUGCAAGGACUGGUAUGGCCAUAUCUCAAGCAUGGUAAAAAUAUAUAGACACACACAUCUGCAACACCAAAUUAAGCCCUCAACCUCUUUGCCAAUGCAACCGUUUGCUGAAAAUCUUUUCUCUGAGCUCGAUGACAUCCCUGGUCUUUCCGUCGAAGAGGCAAUUCCCAAUGAUCCCGUCUUGAUGCUUCCUUACAACAUCUUUGAUGAUUCAUGGUUGUGGGAGAGAAUACCCGAAGAUGAUACUACUUGUGGUUCUGAAUCUAAUUCAGAGAUUAUGUUUCAAGGGAGGAAGUUGCCCAAGAAGCCGAGGACCAAGAGGUUUGGAAGGCGGACAUGGUCUUUGCGACCUCCAACACUAUGGCAUCCUAUUGCAAUAGCAACUGCAAAGGAUAACAAGAUAUGCUCUCACUGUGGGACCAAUGACACCCCGCAAUGGAGAAGAGGACCUGAAGGAGUGCAAACUCUUUGCAACGCCUGUGGAAUCCGCUUCAAGUCCGGUCGCCUCUUGCCUGAGUACCGUCCCUUGGCGAGCCCAAACUACAACACAGAUUGCUCCAACAGACACAAGAUGGUGAUGAAAAUAAGAGGGAACCAAAAUGAGAACUGAUCAUGGAGUUCAAAGUCUACUUAAACUAAGUCUGUGUGGAAUAAUAGUAGUUGGCUUAUUGAUUCAGUGUCUUAGCUUAUGAAACUUCCAAAGGAGUUAAAUCAAGGUGUUAAUGACAAUACAUUGAUCAAAAUUUGUAACACCAAAACUUGUUUGUUUGUUUUUGUUUUUUUAGUCAAUCAAGAACGAUGCAUGAGUUUCCCCUUCUUUGCAGUAAAAUCUUAGGCCAGUUGGUGCACUUGUUUGCAUAUUAAUCUUGUUGGAUAUUGGCAGGUCAAUCCACACCAACUACCUUUCAUGGUACGCUAGAUUGAAGUUUUAAAUCUCCCCCUGCAUAGAUUUUCCAACCACUGUCAGUGAUACAUAUCUAUCAUUAUUUUAGUCUGGAGUACAAUGGAAACUGAGAUUAUAUUUACUUUAAUCCACCAAGAAACUGAGAUUAUACUAUUUUAAGCCACCGAGGAUUAUAAAAGCAGGCCAUGAAGAGCUCUAGGGACACUGCAAUCACCAAGAAAGCAAGGAAAGGAAUGGAGAGCCCAGUGAGCCAAGAACCCCAGCACCAGACACCAGGGUGGAAAAGAUUCUUUGCUCAUAUUGGCCCUGGUUUCCUUGUCUCUUUGGCCUACCUUGAUCCUGGAAACUUGGAAACUGACUUGCAAGCUGGAGCAAAUCAUAGAUACGAGCUCUUGUGGGUGAUACUAAUUGGUUUGAUCUUUGCACUCAUUAUCCAAUCAUUGUCAGCAAAUCUGGGGGUGACUACAGGGAAACACCUGGCUGAACUAUGCAAAACAGAGUAUCCUAUAUUUGUGAAGUAUUGCCUUUGGCUAGUGGCAGAGCUGGCUGUGAUUGCUGCUGAUAUACCUGAAGUGAUAGGAACAGCCUUUGCUCUCAACAUCUUAUUCUAUGUUCCAGUUUGGGCAGGAGUGCUUUUGACAGGGCUGAGCACCUUGAUAUUGCUUGGAUUACAGCGAUAUGGGAUCAGAAAGCUUGAGUUGUUGAUAUCAGUUCUAGUGUUUUUGAUGGCCGCAUGUUACUUCGCGGAGGUGAGCUACGUGAAGCCACCUGCAGCAGAGGUGAUGAAGGGCUUGUUUGUCCCAAGACUGCAAGGCGAUAGCGCCACCGGAGAUGCCAUUUCUCUCUUGGGUGCGCUUGUAAUGCCUCACAACUUGUUUUUGCAUUCAGCACUGGUGCUGUCAAGGAAGACGCCAUCUUCCACCAAAGGAAUCAACGAUGCCUGUAGAUAUUUCUUGCUAGAGAGUGGUUUUGCAUUGUUCGUGGCGUUGCUCAUCAACAUCGCAGUGGUCUCAGUCUCCGGAGCCGUGUGCGCUACUACUGAUCUCUCUGCUGAAGACUCUGAUAGAUGUAGUGAUUUGACCUUAAACUCUGCGUCUUUCUUGCUCAAGAAUGUGCUGGGCAAAUCAAGUUCCAUCAUCUAUGGAAUCUCUUUAUUGGCCUCCGGCCAAAGCUCUGCGAUCACAGGCACGUAUGCUGGCCAAUAUAUUAUGCAGGGUUUUCUAGACAUCAAAAUGAGAAUAUGGUUGCGAAACCUUGUGACUCGAUGCAUCGCGAUCUGUCCCAGCCUUAUUGUAGCCAUUAUUGGAGGAACAACGGGAUCAGGGAGGCUCAUAAUCAUAGCAUCGAUGAUCCUCUCCUUCGAGCUGCCCUUCGCCCUCGUCCCUCUCCUCAAGUUCAGCAGCAGCAGCACCAAGAUGGGGCCUCAUAAGAACUCCAUCUACAUAAUUGUGAUCUCAUGGGUCCUCGGCUUGGGCGUGAUUGGGAUCAACAUCUACUACUUGAGCACGAGAUUCGUGACUUGGAUUAUCCACAGCAGCCUCCCGAAGCCUGUGACGGUCUUAAUUGGGGUCGUGGUCUUCCCUGCAAUGGUGUUUUACGUGAUGUCUUUGAUCUACUUGAUGUUCAGGAAGGACACGGUGGUGACCUUCGACGAGAAGUUGGAGGCUUCGAUGGAGCAGGGAAUGCAUGGAGUGAGCGGCGGCGCUGAGGUGGUGCCCUGCAGAGAGGACCUCGCUCGUGUCCGUCUGCAGUAGUGAAAAUCCAGGGUUUGUUUGUAAAAACUGAAGGGCCUACCUUGAUGUAAUUAAGCAAUUUACGUGUGUCUUUUGGAUUAUUUAUCUUCGUAUCAAUUGUUACUUUGAAAUAAAGUUGAGAUUCACGUAUCC